AUCCGUCGCUCAAACUACCUUUAGGGAAAACCUGUCAGAAGCUGCUAAUGCCCAAGCUAAGCUUGGCAGCAUCUGAGGGCAGCUGGAAGCAGCAAAAAAAGGCUUUGGACAAGGAAAUUGCUGAUCUCAAUGCACGGCAAGUCCCUGAAUGGACAUCAAUCGGUUCUUUAAUCUCAUUUAAAUAUAGGUCCAGGGAUCUGUCCGUACUGAAUGCUCUUCUUCAUCAGGAUCUCGAGACUGUCAGCACUCAAGCUACGUGUAUACGUCAGGCUGCAGACUCCUCCGCUACAGACGGCGCUUCUGGUGAUGCAGAUAUCGGUGACGAUGUGGAUACUCAAGUUUCGGAACUCAGAUCUGUUGUGGCUUACUUGCGCAAGGAGAAAGAGAUAGUCGAUCUCCAGCUUGAGCUCAGUAAGCAGGAGAACGUCCGCUUGAAGGCUCAGAUCGAGCAUCUGAUUCAGAGUUUGCAAGAGACCAGGGCAACCCUUGUUGAGGAACGGGAACGGGCAAUAGAAGCGGCGACUUCGGAUGCUCAGCACACUGAGAUGUUGGAAAGGAUCAACCAGUUCAACACUCUUUGGGAAAGCAAUGUCACCCUCCGCGCUGGCUGCGAGACUUAUGCUAAAUGUUCUCGCGAGCUCAACACAAAACUGCAGGCAUUGUCUGCAGAGCUCGAACCUUCCAAGGAACAGGCUCGUAUGGCACAGGCAGAGCUAGGAGCUAGGGAUGCACAGAUCACACAUCUUGAGGGAGAGAGCCGCCAUUGGCAAGAACGCAAUGCGCAGUUGCUGAGCAAAUAUGAUCGUACUGACCCCGCUGAGAUUCAAAUACUGAAAGAUGAAAUUGAAACACUGAAAAUUCAGAAGGCUGAUGCGGAGAAAUUGGCUACAGAACAUGAAGAACGAGCAAACACUAUUCAGGCCCGGAGACACUACAGCAAGAGAGUUGCUUUGGAGCAAGUGUUGGCCAAUGAGAGAGCUGUGAAAGCCCAGGCGUCUGCCGAAGGUUCAUCAGAUCAAACUACGCUCAUUGCUUCCCUCAGGGAGGAGAGAGAUAGGCUUUUAGCAGAAAAGGAGGCUCUGAGCAAAGCUGGAUCCUCUACCGUACCUUCCGAUACUGCGCGCUCCUGGGAGUUGGAAAAGCUUGAACUCAUAAAGGCGCGAGAUGAGGCAUCAGCGCCUGCUAGUGUUGGUCACUAG